AUGGCGACGCAGGUGCAAAUUCCGGGAAUAUGUGACCCCGAGGCGGCCAUCGAACACAUUCGAGACGAGCUGAAAUACAAAGUGUGCGUCGAUUUACGCGACGGCGCGAUCAGUAUUCAAUCGCAUCCGGCCGGCGGCAAACUCGAUCCGAAAUUGUUCACCGAAAUCCAGGAGAUCGCCGAGGCCGAGGUGAACGGUCUCGGCACGAAAAUCAGCGAUCGCGAUUACAACGACGAUCUCGACAUUCAUUGUGACCGCUGUAAUCAGUUUUAUCGACCCUACUGCAAAUUGCAUCCGCUUUAUCGCAUUCAGGAUAAGAUUCCAUCGGACAGCGACAAAUCGGGUCUGCCGUACGCGCUUCGAACGCUUCCGCCGCUGUUCGCCGUCACCGAUUCGAAAAUUCCGGGCGCCGGUCUCGGCGUCGUCGCCAACAGCUUCAUUCCGGUCGGCAUGGUGUUCGGACCAUACAAAGGUGUGAGGUGCGCGAAAAAAUCGGAAUUCCACAUGGACGGCUACGCGUGGGAAAUCAACGGAAAAGACGGAAAAUUGAUCUAUGUGGACGGCUCGAAUCCGGAAAAAUCCAAUUGGUUGCGAUACAUCAACAGUCCGAGACAUGAAGCCGAACAAAACAUGCUGGCCUUCCAAAUCAACGGAAAAGUGUUCUAUCGUGUCAUCAAGCCGAUCAAAAUCAACGACGAGCUCCUCGUGUGGUACGGCUCGAAAUUCGGCAACGAUUUUGUGCACAAAUGUCGAAUGCCGCCGAAACGCCAACAAAACCCAUUCAUUUGGUAA